AUGUUCACCGGCUACAACACCAAAAAGCGCGUCAACGAGCGUUACAAAAUCAUCGGCUUCAUCUCCAGUGGUACAUACGGCAGGGUCUACAAAGCCGAAAGUCGCAAUGCCAACCCACCCAGUAUGAAGCUCUUCGCAAUCAAGAAGUUCAAACCCGACAAAGAAGGAGAACUCCAGUAUUCAGGGAUUAGUCAGUCUGCGAUAAGAGAGAUGGCCCUGUGCACGGAGCUUGCGCAUCCCAACGUCGUGCACACUGUCGAGAUCAUCUUAGAAGAGAAGUGUAUUUUUAUCGUCUUUGAGUAUGCGGAGCACGAUCUGCUGCAAAUUAUCCACCAUCACAACACCGGUGGCCAGGGCGGGCGGCAAGCUAUCCCUGCAAAAACCAUCAAAAGCAUCCUAUGGCAAUUGUUACAGGGGCUGGUGUAUUUGCACAGAAACUGGGUCAUGCACCGCGACCUUAAGCCCGCCAACAUAAUGGUCACGUCCUCCGGAAAGGUCAAGAUCGGAGAUUUAGGUUUAGCGCGUCUUUUCUACAAACCCCUUCAGACUCUGUUCUCAGGCGACAAGGUCGUCGUCACCAUAUGGUACCGCGCCCCUGAACUCCUUCUUGGAAGUCGUCACUACACGCCUGCCGUCGACCUAUGGGCCGUGGGCUGUAUAUUCGCGGAACUACUGUCUUUGCGGCCGAUCUUCAAGGGUGAAGAGGCGAAGAUGGACGGCAAAAAGACCGUUCCCUUCCAGCGUAACCAAAUGCAAAAAAUUGUAGAAAUCAUGGGAAUGCCUUCUAAGGAGCGGUGGCCACUUCUCGCUGCGAUGCCCGAAUACGCGCAACUAUCUUCCUUGGCAGCCGGCAACGCGCGCUUUCACCGCCCUCAGGGACUAGAGAACUGGUAUCAGGGUUGUCUCAAGAAUAAUCAGUAUCCCCCUGGGUCUGGACCGGAUACUCCAGGGCCAGAGGGCUUUGAUCUACUGCAGCAGUUGUUGGAGUAUGAUCCGCAGAAGAGGCUGACUGCCGAGAAAGCGCUGCUUCAUCCGUACUUUACGAGCCAUGGGAAGCCGGGUGAGAAUUGCUUUGAGGAAAGUAAGAUCAAGUACCCGAUCAGAAGGGUCAGCCAGGAGGAUAAUGACAUCAGGACGGGGAGUUUGCCAGGCACGAAGCGGAGUGGAUUACCGGAUGACUCUCUGAUUGGGAGGCCCGCCAAGAGGUUGAAGGAGGGAUAG